CCGCCGCAGCGGAAGUGUGCUCUGGUGCAGGGAAGCCGGUGUGUGCAAGUGAGCCGAGUACCCCAGUACAACCAUGUCACACCCCAGCCCUAUCAAUAAGCCGUCCCAGCCUGAUAACCCUCGCGUGUUUUUUGAUGUGGAUAUUGGAGGGGAGCACGUUGGUCGCAUUGUCUUCGAAUUGUUUGCAGAUGUGGUACCAAAAACUGCAGAAAAUUUCCGGGCCCUUUGUACUGGAGAAAAAGGAUUAGGACAAACAACAGAAAAACCUCUUCAUUUUAAAGGAUGCCCUUUUCACAGAAUUAUCAAGAAAUUCAUGAUACAGGGUGGUGAUUUCUCAAACCAAAAUGGAACUGGUGGAGAAAGUAUUUACGGAGAGAAAUUUGAAGAUGAAAACUUUCAUUAUAAGCAUGACAAAGAAUGCUUGCUCAGUAUGGCCAAUGCUGGCCCAAAUACCAACGGGUCCCAAUUCUUUAUCACAACUGUACCUACACCACAUCUGGAUGGAAAGCAUGUUGUGUUUGGACAAGUGCUAAAAGGAUAUGGUAUUGUUAAACUGUUGGAGAAUGUUGAAGUUAAGGGAGAAAUUCCAGUCAAGCUGUGCAUGAUAUCAGAAUGUGGAGAACUGAAGGACGGAGAUGAAUGGGUGACUCCUCCGCUAGAUGGUUCCGGUGAUAUGCACCCUGACUUCCCAGAGGAUUCUGAUGUAGAGUUAAAUGAUGUUGAAAAAAUAACCAGUAUAGCGGAAGAUGUUAAAAAUAUAGGAAACAACUUCUUCAAAUCUCAGAACUGGGAUGUGGCAACAAAGAAGUACCACAAAGCUUUAAGGUAUGUAGAGAGCUGCAAAGAUGUUACUGGAGAUGACAACAUAUCAAAGUUAAACCCUAUAGCUGUGAGCUGUAACUUGAACAUUGCUGCCUGUAAACUCAAGCUUUUGGACUACCGAGCAGCGAUUGAGAGCUGUCGUGAGGCUCUUGAAAUAGACCCAUCCAACACCAAAGCGCUUUACAGACGGGCUCAAGGCUGUCAAGGACUGAAGGAUUAUGAGCAAGCCCUGGAAGACCUAAAGAAAGCUCAUGAGUUAGCACCAGAAGACAAAGCUAUCAGCGGUGAAAUCCUGCGUGUCAAACAGAGGAUUAAAGAGCAGAAAGAAAAGGAAAAGGCUGUGUAUGCAAAAAUGUUUGCAUAAAUUGUGGUGUUUAUACUGUUAUUAUAUAUACUGAGGGGUUGGGCUUCUGCAAGCAAGGAAUACAUUUUGUGGAGACCUGCUUUCUGAUAUCAAACCAAAAAGUGGGGGAAAAGAACCUGAAAGAUUUCAUAUCCAUGUUUAUCAGUGUUUACAAUUCAGUUUUUCACCUCCUCUUUUAUUUGUUGUUCCUUGUGGCACUGCAUGAUCUAUGCAAUGCUGGCAGCAGUGUAGCUUUCCUUUCUGGUAUUUUGUUGAAAUGAUUUACUUUAGUUUGAAGUUUUCACCGGACAGCAGAAAUGCUUCUUUUAUUCUUAGUGACCGGUUUUAAGAACCCAGUGUAAGAAGGGAGUUUUUUUUUCCUUUGUUUUAUUGCUUUGAUACUGUUCAACAUGAGCAACUUCUGUACAUCUGUUAAUUUCCCUUCCUAAUAAAGACUGUUAAAUACUAUUAAGAA